GCCCACGGCUUCGCCGCCCGCUGCCGCCGCCGCAGCCACAGCCGCCGCCGCCGCCUCCCGCGGCCUGGGCCUCCCGCCGCCAGCAUGCCGCACGCCUUCAAGCCCGGGGACUUGGUGUUCGCCAAGAUGAAGGGCUACCCGCACUGGCCGGCCCGGAUCGACGACAUCGCGGAUGGGGCCGUGAAGCCCCCACCCAACAAAUACCCCAUCUUCUUCUUUGGUACACAUGAAACAGCCUUCCUGGGACCCAAGGACCUGUUUCCUUACGACAAGUGUAAAGACAAGUACGGGAAGCCCAACAAGAGGAAAGGCUUCAAUGAGGGACUCUGGGAAAUCCAGAACAACCCGCACGCCAGCUACACCGCGCCUCCGCCGGUGAGCUCCUCGGACAGUGAGGCCCCCGAAGCCGACCCAGCAGGCGGCAGUGAUGCCGACGACGAGGACAGGGGAGUCUUGGCCGUGACAGCCGUGACCACCGCAGCCGCCAGUGACAGGAUGGAGAGUGACUCGGACUCGGACAAGAGCAGUGACAACAGCAGCCUGAAGCGGAAGGCCUCGGCGCUGAAGCCCCCCUUCCAGAUGUCAGUCUCCAAACGAGCUCGGAAGACCUCCAGUGACCUGGAUCAAGCCAGCCUGUCCCCUUCGGACGAAGAGAACUCGGAAAGCUCAUCCGAGUCCGAGAAGACCAGCGACCAGGACUUCACCCCCGAGAAGAAGGCGGUGAUCCGGGCCCCCCGGCGGGGCCCUCCUGGAGGGAGGAAGAAAAAGAAGGCGGCGUCAGCCUCCGACUCCGACUCCAAAGCAGAGUCAGACGGGGCCAAGAACGAGCCCGUGGCCGUGGCCAGGUCCGAGCUGUCACCUUCCCCGUCCUCCUCCUCCGACUCGGACGUCUCCGUGAAGAAGCCCCCCCGGGGCCGGAAGCCAGCCGAGAAACCACCUCCCAAACCCCGUGGCCGGAAGCCCAAGCCCGAGCGGCCCCCGUCCAGCUCGAGCAGCGACAGCGACAGCGACGAGGUGGACCGCAUCGGCGAGUGGAAGCGCCGGGACGAGGAGCGGCGGCGCGAGCUGGAGGAGAAGCGGCGGCGGGAGCAGGAGGCGGCGCUGCGGCGGCUGCGGGAGCAGGAGAGGGAGGAGAAGGAGCGGCGGCGGGAGCGGGCCGGGCGUGAGGAGGCGCCCCCCGGCAGCGCCAGCAGCGGCGACGAGCUCCGGGAUGACGGCGAGCCCGUCAGGACGCGCGGCCGCAAGGGCCGCAGCCGGGGGCCCCAGUCCUCCUCCGACUCGGAGCCGGAGGCUGAGCUGGACAAGGAGGUGAGGAAGUCUGCUAGGAAGCUGCAGCCACACAGUGGCGAGCCCCCGAGGCGGUCCAGCCAGAGGGAGAAGAGGGGGCGUCCCGAGGAGAAGCCCCGAGCCAGGUCCAUGAAGGUGGAGCGAACCCGCAAGAGGUCUGAAGCGUUGGUGCCAGAUAGGAAGGCCGAGAAGAAAAAAGAGCCCUCCGUGGAGGAGAAGCUCCAGAAGCUGCACAGCGAGAUCAAAUUCGCCCUGAAAGUCGACAACCCGGACGUGAAGAGGUGCCUGAGUGCCCUGGAGUCGCUCGGGAUGCUGCACGUGACGUCCCAGAUCCUCCAGAGGAACACCGACGUGGUGGCCACACUGAAGAAGAUCCGCCGCUACAAGGCCAACAAGGAGGUGAUGGAGAAGGCGGCCGAGGUCUACACCCGGCUCAAGUCGCGGGUCCUGGGCCCCAAGGUUGAGGCCGUCCAGAAAGCCAACAAGACUGGGACGGAGAAGGAGAAGAGUGACGCGGAGAAGGGCGAGGAGAAGCCGGCUGCAGGGGAGGCCCCCAAGGAGGAGAAGGAGGAGGAGCCGAGUGCAGAUGGCUCAGCACCUGUGAACGGCGAGGCCACGUCCCGGAAGGGCGAGAGCCUGGACGACAAGGAGCCAGACGAGGGGCUGCCGUGCGACUCCCCCGUAGACCUCCCCAACGACAGCCCACGGGGGCGCCCCGAGCCGGACAGGCCUGGGAGUGACCUGCUGGAGCACGAGCGGGCCCGCCUGGACUCGGAGUCACCGGACGAGGAGAGCUGAGCCCGCCGGUGCCCCCCGUGCGCCCACGGCCUGCCUCCCCCCCAGACCUCCAGGAGAGCAGAGAACUUUGGGGGAGACGCUGUGCUGCUCCUUUGUAUUAGUCCCUUUGGGUUUUUUCUGCCUAAUUUCUGUGAUUUCUGACCGACAUGAAAUGAAUAUAAAGGGUUUUUUAAUGAA